UGCAGGAACACCUUCCGGCGACACCAGCGCAUUCACACUGGGGAAAAGCCGUACGUCUGCUCCGAGUGUGGGAACCGGUUUAUUCACUCUGCUUUCUGUGGGUCACCUGAAACUCACCUUCUCAGGAACAUCAGGACAUGUCCCCGCAAGAAGAAUCACAUCAGACGUCUGAAGUGAAGAAAGAUCUCCUCACUAACAGAAAGCAGCUCUCCACUCACCUGUGCUCUGAAUGUGGGCGGAGCUUCACCUGUAAAAGUAGCCUCCAGAAACACCAGCUCACCCACACUGGAGAGAAACUCUAUACCUGCUCAGAGUGUGGGCGGAGCUUCGGCGAUGAUGAUAACUACAGAAUGCACCAGUGUGAGAAGUCGUACACUCCUACACCUGAGAGUGGGAGGAGCUUCACCCAGGUGAGUCACACAGGUGAGAAGCUGUACAUCUGCUCAGAAUGUGGGAGGAGCUUCACUCGUAGGAGCAGUCUCCAGCUGCACCUGAACCUCCACGCUGGGGUGAAGCCGCAUCACUGCACAGAAUGUGGGCGGAGCUUCACCGAUAAGAAAACUCUUCAUAGGCACGAGCAGAUUCACUCAGGUGAGAAGGUGUAUCAGUGCUCAGAGUGCGAGAAGAGCUUUAGUGAUCUGGCUAAUUACCGAAAGCACCAGCGCGUUCACACUGGAGAAAAGCCCUACACCUGCUCCCAGUGUGGGCGGAGCUUCGCCCAGGUGGGCCAGCUCAAAACGCACCUGCGCACUCACACAGGUGAGAAGCCGUACGUCUGCUCGGAGUGUGGGAGGAGCUUCACCCGUAAGAAGAAUCUCCAGCUGCACCAGAACGUUCACACCGGUGAGAAACCGUACUACUGCUCCCAAUGUAGGCGGAGCUUCACACAGCUGGGUCACCUGCAGCAUCACCUGCACCUUCACACUGGAGAUAAACCCUUCAUCUGCCCCCAGUGUGGGAGGAGCUUCACCUAUAAGAACAGUCUCCUGAUGCACCAGAGGAUUCAUACCGGAGAGAAACCCCACACCUGCUCCCUGUGUGGGCGGAGCUUCACCCAACAGGGCCACCUCCAGUAUCACCUGCGCGUUCACACAGGUGAGAAACCCUUCCAGUGCUCCCAGUGUGGGAAGGGGUUCGCCUAUAAGAUGGGACUCCAGAAACACCAGUGCCGCAACGCUGAGGAAAAUCCGAGCUUCAGUCAGCAGCAGCAGGAGAUUCAUACUGGAGAUAAACAGUAUGAAUGUUUAGAAUGUGGGCGGAGCUUCACACGGAGGAGUAGCCUUGUGCGACACCAGAACGUUCACACUGGAGGAAAGUCCUACGAGUGCUUAGAGUGUGGGAGGAGCUUCGCGUGGAAGAGUGGUCUUGUGCGACACCUGAGCGUUCACACUGGAAAUAAUCCUGCUGGUUUGGAUUUAUAACAAGUUAAAGUGAAUUAUAUAUAUUUACUGUCAAUGUAAUAUAAUUUAAGUUUCUCUAAUUUUGCUAUUUAUAGGUUUAUGUUUGAGUAAAAGGAACAUUAUUAUUUUAUUCUAUAAACUACAGAAAACAUUUCUCCCAAAUUCCAAAUAAAAAUAUUCUCAUUUAGAGCAUUUAUUUACAGAAAAUGAGAAAUGGCUGAAAUAACAAAAAAGAUGCAGAACUUUCAGACCUCAAAUAAUGCAAAGAAAACAAGUUCAUAUUCAUAAAGAGUUUUAAGAGUCCAGAAAUCAAUAUUUGGUGGAAUAACCCUGGUUGGUUUUUAAUCACAGUGUUUUUCAUGCAUCUUGGCAUCAUGUUCUCCUCCACCAGUCUUACACACUGCUUGUGGAUAACUUUAUGCUGCUUUACUCCUGGUGCAAAAAUUCAAGCAGUUCAGUUUGGUGGUUUGAUGGCUUGUGAUCAUCCAUCUUCCUCUUGAUUAUAUUCCAGAGGUUUUCAAUUUGGUAAAAUCAAAGAAACUCAUCAUUUUUAAGUGGUCUCUUAUUUUUUAUAUUAAUAUUUAAUAUUUUCUGGGCUUUACAAAACAUGUUUGCAAAGUUUUUUUCUAACACAAAGUCCCUAUUAGGAUCACUUUCAGAAUGAGCCGUUUAAGGGAUCUGUCACUUUUAUGCAAAUAAGCAAACAGUUGGCCACACCCUAAGGGUGUUUUCCACAUGUUAGUGCCAAAUACCAAAACACAAACAAGCUAGUUCAUGCUUUAUUGCAUUCUUACAUUUCCUUCAUUUGCUUAACUUAAUACAGACAGUAGAUGCAGAUCCCUCCCUCAGAAGAAGUCUGCUGUGUACUGUAUUAACCGGAGGUUGUCAACCAGCAGAAUGAAAUGGAAACGUUUCUUCAACUGAUCUAGUGGGCGGGAAUUAAGGGGGGGAUUGACAGGAGAGGGUGGAGCCAGCGUGGUUCUAUGCAGGUUUACAAGAACUUUAUGUGAUGUCACAAUAGGGGAGGAGCAUCUACACCGCUCAUAGAAGCAAAUUAUUCCUGACACCAAACUCUUUCAGCUGAUUUUAUUCCUUGAACAAAAUUGGGUUCCAUAUUAUACAUUUGACCAAAUGUUUUAUUUCUGUGCAUCACUAUGUAUUGUUUGCACAAGUAUUUAUUCUCUUAUAAAUAAGAGAGCACUUAAAAAUGAUCAGUUUAUGUGAUUUUACCAAAUAGUAAACCUCUGGAAUAUAAUCAAGAGGAAGAUGGAUGAUCACAAGCCAUCAAACCACCAAACUGAACUGCUUGAAUUUUUACACCAGGAGUAAAGCAGCAUAAAGUUAUCCAAAAGCAGUGUGUAAGACUGGUGGAGGAGAACAUGAUGCCAAGAUGCAUGAAAAAAAAACUGUGAUUAAAAACCAGGGUUAUUCCACCAAAUAUUGAUUUCUGAACUCUUAAAACUUUAUGAAACAAAUGAUUUAAAUUACAAUAUUUUAUUUGGAAUUUGGGAGAAAUGUUGUCUGUAGUUUAUAGAAUAAAAUAACAAUGUUCAUUUUAUUCAAACAUAAACCUAUAAAUAGCAAAAUCAGAGAAACUGAUUCAGAAACUGAAGUGCUCUGAAAAGCGAAAAUAAACAACUACAAUAAUAAAUAAAAAAACA